UUUUUUUUUUCUUUCUCAGUAUUAGUAAUUCUAUUCAAUUAAUCAUGACAACGACAACUAUUUCUGGUUUAUCAAAACAGUCAUUAACUCAUAGCUCUACUGAACCUACUGUGGAUCCUCAUCUAGAGACAACACAACUUUAUGACUUUAAAUAUAUUGAACAUAGUGUGUACGAAUUAGCGAAAAGGAAUGAUUCUCUUGGUAAGGACGUCAAGACAGCUAUUGAAGUCAUCGAGAAAGCCUAUAAUACAUAUGGAUUGGAUUCAGUGGCAUUAUCAUUUAAUGGAGGAAAAGAUUGUACUGUUUUAUUACAUUUAGUUGUAGCUGUUCUAUCUCAUUUAGGAUUAGAUAAUGAAUUAAUACGUACUGUAUUCGUUACUUAUCCAAAUCCAUUCCCGCAUGUAGAUGCCUUUGUAAAAGUUUCCAUUCAACGUUAUGGAUUGAAUUGUGUUUAUAUACCAGGUCCUAUGAAAAAAGCUUUACAACAGUAUAUAGAUGGCUCAACCAAACCAACUAAAGCCAUAUUUGUUGGUAUUCGAAGAACAGAUCCAUAUGCUGAGAAAUUAUCACAUUUUGAUCCAACCGAUAAAGGAUGGCCAGAUUUUAUGCGUAUUCAUCCUAUCAUCGAUUGGAAUUACAAGAACAUUUGGGAUUUUUUACUUCAAUUAGGUAUACCUUAUUGUUCACUUUAUGAUGAAGGUUAUACAUCAUUAGGUAGUAUGGAGAACACUUUUAGAAAUCCUUAUUUAAAAGACGAUAACGAACGAAGUGGAUAUAAACAUGCCUGUAAACUAGAAAAUGAAUUACAUGAACGUGAUGGUAGAAUUAAGACUUCAAAAAAGUAAAUCAAGCGUGGUUAUUUAGAAAUAGACGUCUAUAUUAGAAGAUGAUAUCACUUAUUGUUUGUAGAUAAAAUAAUAUCCUAAUUAGAUAAAUUUUAUUAUUACUACUUUCAUUUAUUAAACUAAAAUAUCAUGAACGUCACAAUAGUAUAUAAUAAUUGAAAUAGAAUUCAUCCUCUUCCUAGAGACAGUUACGUAAUAAUACUAAAACAAGUAAUAAACUAAAAGGACAAGUCAGUCUUUAUUUUAUUGUUACGCAAGAACGAAACAAGAAUGUCCUUGUAUCUUGUUUAUAACAACAAUAGACGAUUUAUCUUUACAAAUAUAUCUACUAUGUAAUAAUAACAUUAGAUUUCUC